AUCCAUGGCUGCUUUGUGACUCUAGUUAAAUGAAAGUUGGUGAAAUGUUGAGAAGACUCUGACCCCGGUGCGUCCUGCAGCAGCAGCAGCAGCGACGGAAUCCUUCAGCUCCGAUGAUAAAGUCACUCCACCGGCUGCCCGGUAACACCUCUUUGGAUUUGCUGACAGGGGAGUCUCACUUCCUUUCUUUAACGGGACGAGCCUCCUGUCCUCAGUGCAAACACAGACAGAUCAUGCGACCUCCUGCGCUGAGGAUCAGUUUGCUGUGACUUGGAUUUGACAGAAGCAGCGGUGAUGGCUGCAGGCAGGACGGAGGUUUUGGGCAGAGCUGCAGCUACCUGCGUCCUAACGCUGUGUUUGGUUUGUUUACACGUGACUGCACUUAAAUCUAAACUUUUCACCAGGCUAGGUGGGCUGCCUUACUCCUCCGAUCCCCCCAUCAGCUAUAAGACAUUUUAUUUUGACCAAAAGAUUGAUCAUUUCGGAUUCCUGGAGGAUGGCACCUUCAAGCAGAGAUACCUCGUGGCUGACAAACACUGGCAGCAGCCCGGAGGACCCAUUUUGUUCUACACUGGAAACGAAGGCGACAUCACCUGGUUCUGCAACAACACAGGCUUCAUGUGGGAAAUUGCGGAGGAGUUGGGCGCCAUGCUGGUUUUUGCAGAACAUCGUUACUAUGGAGAGUCGCUGCCAUUUGGACAAGACUCUUACAGUGACAGCAAACACCUGAACUACCUGACCGCGGAGCAGGCCCUGGCAGAUUUUGCAGUUCUGAUUCAGAACCUGAAGAGCACUUUACCUGGAGCUCAGCAGAGCCCCGUCAUCGCUGUCGGAGGGUCCUACGGGGGGAUGCUCGCUGCCUGGUUCAGGAUGAAAUACCCCAACGUUGUUGUUGGAGCUCUGGCAGCCUCCGCACCAAUAUGGCAGUUCCCUGGUAUGGUGCCAUGUGGAGAUUUCUACAAAAUAGUAACUCAAGACUUUGCCAGAAGUGGCUAUAACUGCGAUGCAAACAUCAGAAAGUCCUGGAAGGCCAUUAAUAAUGUCUCCUCCACUGCGUCCGGUCUUCAGUGGCUGUCAGAAGAAUUCAGCUUGUGUGCUCCUCUUAAAAACGCGAUAGACGCCAUUGGCUUCAAGAGCUGGCUCCAAGAGACCUGGGUCAACCUGGCCAUGGUGGACUACCCUUACGAAGCUAAUUUCCUCCAGCCGCUGCCUCGCUGGCCGAUCCAGGUGGUGUGCAAGCAUCUCGGGUUCGAUUCCGCCGUGUCCGACCAACAGCUGCUGCACGGAGUCUCCCAGGCAGCCAAGGUUUACUACAACUACACCGGAAGCGCUUCCUGUCUCAACACGUCUCAGACAGCGACCAGCAGCCUCGGUGAGCUCGGCUGGACCUACCAGGCCUGCACGGAGAUGGUGAUGCCCAUGUGUACAGAUGGCGUGCAGGACAUGUUUGAACCCGAGGAGUGGAACUUCCAGGCCUUCUCUGAUUGGUGCAACACCAUGUUCGGCGUCCGGCCGCGGGCCGAUUGGGCGGGAACGGUCUUCGGGGGAAAGGAGAUCGCCUCUCACAGCAACAUCAUCCUCAGUAACGGAGGACUGGAUCCGUGGUCCGCCGGCGGAGUGACUCACAACAUCACGGAUUCUCUGAUCUCCAUCAUGAUUCCCGACGGCGCUCAUCACCUGGACCUCCGCUACAGCAACGACCUCGACCCGCCGUCGGUCCGCGCUGCCCGGGCGUUAGAGGUGAAGUAUUUCCGGCAGUGGAUCAAAAAGGCUAAAAAGACUCACCAAGCUGCACCAACCCACCAAACUCAGUAAAAUCCUGCAAACUGGGAUAUUCGUGAUAUCCAGGAAUUAGCUUUAAUUUGCGCGACAUGGUAUUUCACACGGUGCUGUUAUAAUGCCAAAGUUUGUUCCUUCUUUUUUAAUCGGUUCCUGUCUUAAUCAGCCAUGUUUGGCACUGGAAUAUGAAAACACCAUUAUCUUUGACCUACUUAGACACACUCCACGUCUUUAUGCCAAACUAUGAAUUUUCCAAGGGCUUGGAGACUAAAGGUACUGUAUUAUCUGCAAAAAUCACAUCUGUUAGUCACGUGAAAACCAAUAAUAACAAUGCUGCGGUGUAAAUACGUUUGUUUAUUCAUGUAAUCACAUCAUCACCAUCACAAGACUGGAUGAUCCUCAUGUAAAGUUUCCCAAACCCCAUUAAGACCCGUCCGUCUCCAAGCUCACGAUUUCUUGUCUUCAGUCGAUUUUACAGUCAUGGCUGAGAUGACACUUAGCUUCAUUGUUCCAUGUUCACAUCACCUUAGUUUUGGGUUGUCAUUCAGCUGCAUUUGUUCUUUUCCAAGUAUAAUAUGCUUCUUAACAACAACAAAAAGAAAAAGUCUCAGGAGAAUAGUUUGGCACCUAAUAUAAAAGAGAAAUCCCAUUUUUACAAGAUUUUCACUGCACAAAGUGUGAUAAUAAACUUAAUUUGUGUUGCUCACAGAAGAAAGGUGCCUUCCCUGCUGUAUUUUAUGUCUUCUGCUGAUUUUCUUUAUACGCUGUCAUUCCCCAAGAAUCACGUCUUCCGGUAAAACUGAUUAAAAAGCUGCAAAUUUA